UGCAAGUUGCGCGUCUGCACUGCUAUUUUAGGUAUGCAGCUAGUGCUAUCUGCUCGGCAGUUUUCCGUCUGAUUUUGGCCUCUUCACAUCAAUUAAAAGCGCCGUUUUUGAUGACAGCUCUUUAACAAGAAUGCAUAGGUGACAUCUGGCGACAAGAUUUUCAGCUGAAUUCCCACUUGACUACACUGGCCAGCAUCCAUAAGAUCCACCACACGUUGCACAGGCUGAACUUGACUGAAGACGUUGGACAGGAUAGCCACCCUUCAGCUUGUUGCUCCAGAGCCAUGCCUCCUAGGAAAAAGAGGAGACCCUCUGCUGGAGAUGACAUGUCAGCCAAGAAAAGUCGCCAGGACAGUGUUUUCAGGAAACACGAGACGUCACAAAUCCGUGAGGAGGACACGUUUUCCAGUAAAAGAUGCCUGGAGUGGUUCUAUGAGUAUGCAGGUUGCGAUGAAGUCGUCGGUCCGGAGGGCAUGGAGAAGUUCUGUGAGGACAUCGGAGUGGAGCCAGAGAACGUGGUGAUGCUGGUUCUUGCCUGGAAGCUGGACGCUCAGAGUAUGGGUUAUUUCACCCUCCAGGAGUGGCUGAGAGGCAUGGGCUCGCUGCAGUGCGACUCCACGGAGAGGCUGAGAAACUCGCUCGACUACCUGAGAUCUGUCCUAAACGACAGCACCAGUUUUAAGCUCAUUUAUAGAUAUGCCUUUGAUUUUGCCCGGGAAAAGGAUCAGAGGAGUCUGGACUUGAACACAGCCAAGUGCAUGUUGGGACUUCUUCUGGGAAAGACGUGGCCUCUGUUUCCUGUGUUUAAUCAGUUUCUAGAGCAAUCCAAGUACAAAGUCAUCAACAAAGACCAAUGGUGCAAUGUUUUAGAGUUCAGCAGGACAAUCAACCUGGACCUCAGUAACUAUGAUGAAGACGGUGCCUGGCCAGUUUUGUUGGACGAGUUUGUUGAAUGGUACAAAGAGAGGCAGAUGUCAUAGGUGCAGAGCAAACCGGAGAAAUACAACUGUGACAACAACAACUAUGAGAAACAACAACCAAUAAGUAAACAAUACAAAAAUGGUAAAGCAGUGACUGUGGGUGCUUCCUGGUGGAGGAGGGA